AUGGACUGUAAUAAAGAAAAAAAGAAAAAUUUUCCAACUCUCGAAGUACUUAUAGCAGCUGGGGUGAUGAAGAAUGCAACUGCUGACAAUAUUGCAAGUUCCGGUCUGAACUUUGAACACUUAAAAACAAUAUUCAGGAGAAAAGGAGAAGAUGGACUGUUAAAUGUUUUUACUGCAAAAAAUAGUGAAGGCCAACCUCGAGUAACCAACGCAAAGAGGACUCUAGAGUCUGUGGUGCCUAAACUUGCAGCUUACUUUGAAAAAAAUUGUGCCCCUGGAAUGAAGGUGUACGAUGUAAAAUAUAGUUUUAAAGGAAAUAAACACCAAGGACCAUUUCACCAAGGAGCUGAUGGUCGCUGGUACCAUAGAAAUCACAAAACGGCAUACAACGGGAAAGAAAAGAUCAAGUAUACAAUUACUGCUGAAAUUGAUGGAAAAACUGUAGUAUCCAAAGGCAAAAUUCACCCAGAAGAAAGAAGCGUUGCCUUUGCUCCACCUAAAAUAGUCAAAAGAUGUUCGUCAGUUUUCCGAGAUGAUUUUAAUGGAGCAUUUAAUCCAAACGGCUGGAACUAUGAAGUGUCUAUGUAUGGUGGAUAUAAUUGGGAAGUACAGGCUUACGUUCCUGAUGCCAAAAAUAUUUUUACAAGAAACGGACAUCUUUUCAUUAAACCCACUCUGACAAUAGACGAUCCUAGGUUCACUUCACUUACAAGUGACGUCAUGGAUUUGAAAGCUAUGUACGGAUAUUGUACCAAUGCCGACAGAUAUGGCUGUCUGAGAGAGGGAAAAUACGGAACGUUGCCACCAGUCAUGUCCGGAAAAAUCAAGUCAAAAAGUGCCAUCAGAUUUGGUUCUGUCGAGGUCAGAGCUAGAGUACCAAGAGGAGAUUGGAUUUGGCCAGCUAUUUGGAUGUUGCCAAGGGAUAGUCAUUAUGGUGGAUGGCCAAGAUCAGGGGAGAUCGACAUCAUGGAGAGCAGAGGGAACACACAGGCUAUUGAUGGAAACAAUGUCAACCAUGGCGUUGGUGAGGUAGGAGCUACGAUGCACUGGGGACCUGAUGCAGGGCAAAACAAGUUUUACCUUACACACGGGGAUGUACACGGUGACUGGAGCCAUUCUAUGCAUACUUACAAACUGGAUUGGGAUGUUAAUCAUAUUCAUAUAUCGGUUGACGGUCGCACUAUGAUGGAUGUUCCAAUAACACAAAGUUUCUGGCAGAAAGGUGGAUUCGGUGGUAAUAAUAUCUGGGGAAGUGGUACAAAGGCAGCACCUUUUGAUCAACCGUUUUACUUGAUUCUAAAUGUUGCUAUUGCUGGAACAAACGGAUUCUUCCCUGACAACUGGAGAUAUAAUUCACCGAAACCAUGGAAUAACAAUUCACCAACCGAACCUAAGGACUUCUGGGACCAUAGAGCUGACUGGCUACCAUCAUGGCAUGGAGACGAUGUUGCCAUGGAAAUCGAUUAUAUUGACAUGCAACAAUGUUAAAUGUAAUGUAACUAUGUAAAAUUACUAGAAUA